UCUUUGAACUCCUGCCAGGGAGACAAAAGGAUAUAUCUUCUUUCUAGUGUUCAUUCCCCAAAUGCCCACAAUGGCUGGGACUGGGCCAGGCCAAAGCCAGGAGCCUGGGACUCCAUGGGUCUCCCACAUUGGUGGAAGGGUCCAAAUACUCAGGCCAUUUUCACUGCUCUUUCAAUCAGGUUAGCAGGGAACUAGAUUGGAAUUGGAGCAGCAAGGACUCAAGUCCUCUGUUUACAUGGGAUGCCAGCAUUGAUGGUGGAGGCUUAGCCUGCUGGAUCACAAUUCUGGUGACUAUUGCAGGUUCUGAAACGAAUCUCUAAGCAUUUUUCUCAGUGAGUCACAAAUGCAGAUUGUACUGCAGACAUUCCCAGGUUCUCUUUUUGGGCAAAUAAUUCCAUUGCUUUCAUUUAAUUAUGUAUAAUGUUAUUUCAAAUGUUUAUCAUUUGAAUGUUUUGGGCAAGUAUUUCCAUUGCUUUCACUUUAAUUAGGUAUAAUGUUAUUUCAAUUGUUUAUCACUAGAAUAAUCAUAGACAAGGGCAAAAGCUAAUUUGUAUUCUUUGUCUUACCUGUAUUUUCUCUUUUACUUAAAAAAAAUUUAUUAGCUUGAUAGAGAAAAAAGUUGAUGGACUGAGAGAUAGAGAGCUUUGACACAUUAAUUCACUUCCUAGAUAACCAUACCAAACAGGUGGGGCAGGACUGAAGCCAGGAUUGAGGAAUGGAAUCUAGGCCUCCUUCAUUGGUGACAUCACCAUUGCUUCCCCAGGUUUGCAUUAUCUGGGAGCUAGAAACUAGAGCUGGCAUUGCAAAUCACAGACACUCUGAGGUGGCAUCAUAAACAACACUAAGCUAAAUGUCUGCCCUGUCUUUUAAUAUAUUUUUUCUCUGACAUAUUGGAAAUGAUAUGCAUGGUGUUUUCCUGGAAAUUGUUUUCUGUUCAUUCCCAUCGUAGUUUCACUGAUGGUUUCUUGCCUUUUUUCUCAAUGCUUCUACAUACUUCUCCUUAACAUUGCCCAGUCAAGAGUCAGUAUUGCCCCUCUUCUAGCCUGCUGUGCAAUUCCCCUUGACAGAUGUGGCCUUUGUGAUUUGAACCUCCUGGUUCCCUCCAGCUUGGGCAUGUCUCACAGCCUGUAGAUCAUGGGUUUGACUCUGUUGAAUGCUCCAUGUGGCUUUCUAAACACUCCACAAGUCUAAUGUGAAACCAUAUCCUUCCUUUUUUCCUUCAUAUCCAUACACAACUGUCAGUGUUUAUUUUGUGACAGAGUUAACAUGUUGACUGGAAGUGUAUUAUUAUAGGUGAUGACAGCAUUUGAAGACCUGGCUGUGUACUUCACAUGGGAAGAAUGGCAGAAAAUGAACAAUGCUCAGAAAAUCCUGUACAGAGAUGUGAUGCUGGAGACCUACAGCAGCCUGUUCUCCUUGGGGCACUGCAUUACCAAACCUGACUUGAUCUUCAAGUUGGAGCAAGGAGAAGAGCCAUGGAUGGUGGAUGAAUGCUUGAAUCUGAGCCUUUCAGUGGUCAUGAAAAGGGAUGACCUGAUUAGGAUCAACCAGAAAAGUCAGGACAAAAAUCUGAAUCAGGAUUUUAUGAAAAAUAACAAGACAUCAUCUCUCAAGAGAAUUGAAUUAAGAAAAACACUUAGUUUAAAUUCAAGCCAUGUUCCAACACUGAUUAUUAAAAAGGGAAUCUAUUCAGGAUUGAAGCCUGAGGAAUGCAAUAAAUGUCACACUGUGUAUCCCCCCAGUGGGCCUGAUCAACUACAGGCUGGAGAGAAAUUUGAUAACACUAAGAUACCUGGAAAAUCUCUCCAGUUCUGUGAGCCUCUUAGCCAGCUUGACAAUAUUCACAUCAUGAAGCAGCCAUUUGGACCCACUGGACAAGCAAAAGUCUUCACAAGAAAGAUGUUCUGUAAAUCUGAGAGGGUUCAUAUGGCAGAAAACUGUAAUAAGUCAACUGUCACUUUUGGAAAAGCAACGCAAAUAGAAAAAGCUAUCCAUGAAAAUUCUAGCCUCAAUAUGCAUCAACAAACUCACACAAGAAAGAAAUUUUAUAAGUACAUUAUGUAUGUUGAACCUGUCAUUCACCAGUCACAUCUUGCAAUAAACCAGAAACUAAAUACAAGGGAAAAACUUUACACAUGUAAACCUUGUGGAAAAUCACUCAGUUUUAAUUCACCUUCUGAAUGUAAUGACUGUGGAAAAGCCUUUAGACAAAAUUCAGUCCUCAGGAAACAUCAGCAAAUUCACACAGGGGAGAAACCUCAUGAAUGUAGUGACUGUAGAAAAGCCUUUACACAGAAGUCAUACCUCAUAAACCAUCAGCGAAUUCACACAAGAGAGAAACUUUAUAAAUGCCUUCAAUGCGGAAAAGGCUUUUUGUGGAAGUCAGACCUCAUAGUACACCAGAGAAUUCACACAGGGGAGAAACCUCAUAAAUGCAAUGACUGUGGAAAAGCCUUUGGACGCAAGUCAUCCCUCCUAAUACAUCAGCGAAUUCACACAGGGGAGAAACCUCAUAAAUGUAAUGACUGUGGAAAAGCCUUUGGACACAAGUCAAACCUCAUCAUACACCAGCGAAUUCACACAGGGGAGAAACCUCAUGAAUGUAAUGACUGUGGAAAAGCCUUUGGACAAAAGUCAGCCCUCCUUAUACACCAGCAAAUUCACACAGGGGAGAAACCUCAUAAAUGUAAUGACUGUGGAAAAGCCUUUGGACACAAGUCAUCCCUCCUCAUACACCAGCGAAUUCACACAGGGGAGAAGCCUCACAAAUGUAAUGACUGUGGAAAAGCCUUUGGGCGAAAGUCAAACCUCAUCAUACACCAGCGAAUUCACACAGGGGAGAAACCUCAUAAAUGUAAUGACUGUGGAAAAGCCUUUGGACGAAAGCCAGACCUCAUAAUACAUCAGCAAAUUCACUCGGGGGAGAAACCUUAUAAAUGUAAUGACUGUGGAAAAGCCUUUGGACGAAAGCCAGACCUUAUCAUACAUCAGCAAAUUCACUCGGGGGAGAAACCUCAUGAAUGUAAUGACUGUGGAAAAGCCUUUGGACGAAAGCCAGACCUCCUCAUACACCAGCGAAUUCACACAGGGGAGAAACCUCAUAAAUGUAAUGACUGUGGAAAAGCCUUCGGACACAAGUCAGGCCUAAGGAAACAUCAGCGAAUUCACACAGGGGAGAAACCUCAUAAAUGUAAUGACUGUGGAAAAGCCUUUGGACAAAACUCAGACCUCAUCAGACACCAGCAAAUUCACACAGGGCAGAAACCUCAUAAAUGUAAUGACUGUGGAAAAGCCUUUGGACAAAUGUCAGCCCUGCUCAUACAUCAGCAAAUUCACACAGGGGAGAAACCUCAUAAAUGUAAUGACUGUGGAAAAGCCUUUGGACGAAAGCCAGACCUCAUCAUACACCAGCGAAUUCACACAGGGGAGAAACCUCAUAAAUGUAAUGACUGUGGAAAAGCCUUUGGACGAAAGCCAGACCUCCUCAUGCACCAGCGAAUUCACACAGGGGAGAAACCUCAUAAAUGUAAUGACUGUGGAAAAGCCUUUGGACACAAGUCAUCCCUCCUCAUGCACCAGCGAAUUCAUACAGGGGAGAAACCUCAUAAAUGUAAUGACUGUGGAAAAGCCUUUGGACGAAAGCCAGACCUCCUCAUACACCAGCGAAUUCACACAGGGGAGAAACCUCAUGAAUGUAAUGACUGUGGAAAAGCCUUUGGACAAAAGUCACACCUCAUCAUACACCAGCGAAUUCACACAGGGGAGAAACCUCAUAAAUGCAAUGACUGUGGAAAAGCCUUUACAAAAAAGUCAAACUUCAUCAGACACCAGCGAAUUCACACAGGGGAGAAACCUCAUGAAUGUAAUGACUGUGGAAAAGCCUUUGGACGAAAGUCAAACCUCAUCAUACACCAGCGAAUUCACACAGGGGAGAAACCUCAUAAAUGUAAUGACUGUGGAAAAGCCUUUUUGUAUAAGUUAUACUCAUAUCAAAACAGUUUACACAGGGCAGAAACCUUAUGAAUCUAGUAAGUGUGGAAAAGCCUUUAUAAAUCAUAUGUUAUAAAUCAUAGCUCAUAUCACACCACAGAAUUCACACCAGGGAGAGACUUCAUGAAUGCAAUGACUGUAGAAAAGCCCUUGGCAAUAAGUCACAUCUCAGAAUGCAUCAGAAAAUGCACAUGAAGAGAAACCUUUUGGACAUAAUGACUUGGAAAGCUUUUCCCCAUAAUUCAGCCCUCAUUGCACAUCAUCUAAUUCAUAUGGGAGAAAACACUUCGGAUAUAAUGCAUAUGGAAAAGCCUUUAUCCAUAAGUAACACCUCAUAAAACAUCAGAAUUCACAUGGGGGAGAAACCUUAUGAAUGGAAUGAAUGUUGGAAAACUCUGCCAAAAUCACACAAUAUAACAUCAGAGAAUUUAUUACAUGGUGGAAAUCUUGUAAUAAAUGUGGGAAAGCCUUUUGUCAGAAGGAAUACCUCAUAACAUGUAGAUCAAACAAGGGAGAGAACUUAAGGAUAUAAUGAAUGUGAAGGACUUUUUGCAAAAUCAACAUAACCAUGUGACAGAGACUUUUGCUGGAAAUUACAUCCCAUACAAUAGGCACUCCCAUAAGGAAGAAAGGUUGGGACCAGCGCUGUGGCACAGUAGGUUAAAGCCCUGUCCUGAAAUGCUGGCAUACCAUGUGGGCACUGGUUCUAGUCCCAGUUGCUCCUCUUCUGAUCCAGCUCUCUGCUAUGGCCUGGGAAAGCAGUAGAAGAUGGCCCUGCACCCACGUGGGAGACCCAGAAGAAACUCCUGACUCCUGGUUUUGGAUCGCUGCAGCUCCAGCCAUUGCAUCCAUCUGGGGAGUGAACUAGCAGUUGGAAGACCACUUUCUGCUUCUCUGUCUGUCUCUAACUCUGUCUUUCAAAUAAAUAACAUAAAUUUUUAAAGAAAAUGAAGAAGUUCAGAAAUAUUAUUAGUGUGACAAAAAGUCAUUUGUCAGAAAUGGCAUUAUACAUCAGAAAAUUCACACAAGUGGUUUCUUAGGAGUGUAAUGAAUGUGGAAGUAUAUUUUCAUAGAAUUCAGGCUUGCAUAAAUAUGCAACUCAAAAAAGGUGAUAUCCUUCAAGUGCAAUAGACCUCAAAAAACCAUAGCCAGAAAUUAAACAUCAGGCCGGCGCCGUGGAGCAAUAGAUUAAUCCUCCACCUGCUAUGCUGGCAUCCCAUAUGGGUGCGAGUUCUAGUCCCAGCUGCCCCUCUUCAAUCCAGAUCUCUACUGUGGCCUGGGAAAGCAGUAGAAGACAGCCCAAGUGCUUGGGCCUCUGCACCCACAUGGAAGACUAGGAAGAAGCACCUGGCUUCUGGCUUCAGAUCAGUGCAUCUCUGGCCACUGUGGCCAUUUGAGGAGUGAACCAACAGAAGGAAGACCUUUAUCUCUGUCUCUCUCACUGUCUGUAACUCUGUCAAAUAAAUAAAAAUCUUAAAAAAAGAGAAAUUAAACAUCAACUAACACCAGAGAAUUCAUACAGUAAAAUGUCAAUUUAAUGAAUGUGAAAAAAUUUUUCUGCCAUUAAUCAAUUCACAUGAAGAGACUCCGAAAUGAGAAAACAUACAUGUAUAGAAAAGUCAUGUACCAUAUGUCACCUCUCAAUGGUUACCUGACAACUCACAGAAAGAAAAAAUCCUAUGAUUUAUUGUAAUGGGAAAUACCUUUAUUAUUAGGCAAACUUCCCCAAAACAUAGCAAGAUUACAGAGAGAAGUCCCUGAAGUAUAAUUUGUUUGGAAGAAUUCUUUGGUGGAAUCACACCUUAGUGAGUAUUGGGCAAUUUUCAUGAUGAAUUGUGACAGAGAGUGGUUAACCGCUCUUCAGAAAUUUUUCUGUUAUUCAACCGGAACUUUUGGUUUCUCAUUAUUCUGAGUGGAAUGAAGUAUAUGAACUGAACUGUGCUCUCUUGUGUAAAUUUUGUUAAUAAAUAUUUAAAAGUUGA